UCGCAGUCUCCCGUUCCAUAGACGCGAAAAAAUAUAUGAAGAGGCGCGUUCCCAGGGCUAGGUUGCCGAUGAUUCAACCAUACAAUCGAACUUGUGGCUGUGGGGUUUUGGCUCGUGCCGUGCCGCCCGCUACAAAAGCCACGGCCGGGUUUACAGUGCUGAGGAGGCAGACGUGGAAAUAGCCAAGAUACAAUACAAGGAGGCUCCUUCAAUCUUUCAUUCAUGGACUCCCUCUCCCUGUACGAGAUCUCCUGCUUCGCCGCUGGGUUUGCCGGCAACCUCUUCGCCUUCGCUCUCUUCCUCUCCCCAGUGCCGACCUUCAAGAGGAUCCUCAAGGCCAAGUCCACGGAGCAGUUCGACGGGCUCCCCUACUUGCUCUCCCUGCUCAACUGCUUCAUCUGCCUCUGGUAUGGGCUCCCCUGGGUCUCCGACGGCCGGCUGCUCGUCGCCACCGUCAACGGCACCGGCGCCGCGUUCCAGCUCGCCUACAUUUCUCUCUUCUUCAUCUACGCCGACAGCAGAAAGACCAGGCUGAGGAUGGUAGGGCUCCUGGUUCUCCUGGUCUGCGCGUUCGCCCUCGUCGCGCACGCGAGCAUCGCCUUCUUCGACCAGCCGACUCGGCAGCAGUUCGUCGGCGCCGUGAGCAUGGCGUCGCUCAUCUCCAUGUUUGCUUCCCCACUAGCCGUCAUGGGCGUGGUGAUCAGGACGGAGUGCGUGGAGUUCAUGCCCUUCUACCUCUCGCUCUCUACGCUGCUCAUGAGCGCCUCUUUCGCGGUAUACGGACUGCUGCUGCGUGAUCUCUUCAUCUACCUGCCCAACGGGCUUGGAGUUGUCCUGGGAGCAACGCAGUUGGCACUCUACGCUUACUACAGCAGGAAAUGGAGAUGCAAGGAUUCAUCUGCGCCGUUGCUUGCCUGAUCAAACCUCAAGUGAUCAAUUCUCAGUUUUAGCUUGGCUAGAAAGGGCGGGUGUGGGGUUCUGUAGGAGAGAAUUGUAUGCCCCGGCCCUGUUUUCCCCAGUUGAUGCUGAAUCAGUUUGUACAGAUUUGCUGGCCUACGCCUCUGUUUAUAUGUUACUCAAGUAUCAUUCUUUUCCUGAAGAAUGCAGAGGGGGAUAUUUUGUUUGAUUCCCCCUUUCUUAUGAAAUGUUUCUCCACACAAAUAUUUCAAUUCUGGGCAUUCUUACUUAAAAUAUCUAGCAAAAGUUCACUUUUCAAAUAUUUGUACAUUUUAUACCACCA